AUGGCGACUCUCUUGAAAUGCUACAAGCCCUUAAUUCCACUCAUUCACCGCCAAACUUUCAAAGUGAAAUUGCUUUCCUCCAGAACCAAUUUUCGAUUCUGCACUCUCUCUUCAAUCAACUGCAGUAAUAACUCUCUCCCUCUGACCAGUAAUCGGGAGAGAAUUAUCACAAUUAAUGAUGAUGAUGAUGGUAAUGACAUACCGAUGAAGAAAAAGGAUUUGUGGUUGUACAAUACUAUGAGCAGGCUAAAGGAAUUGUUUAAGCCAAAGGUUGCAGCCAAAGUGGGCAUGUAUAUGUAUGGCGUCACAACCUAUGAUCUUAGCCAUAUUGGGCAUGCCCGCGUUUACGUUUCUUUCGAUGUAAUGUACAGAUACCUCGAGUAUGUGGGAUAUGAAGUCAACUAUGUUCGCAAUUUCACUGAUGUUGAUGACAAGAUUAUUGCCAGAGCAAAUGAGUUGGGGGAGGAUCCAAUAAAUUUAAGCAGACGAUAUUGUGAAGAGUUUCAUUGUGAUAUGGCAUAUCUUCAUUGUCUUCCUCCUUCAAUGGAACCUCGAGUGUCUGAUCACAUUCCAGAAAUCAUUGAGAUGAUUAAGCAGAUACUUGAUAAUGGGUGCAAAGCUGUGCUGCGUGCCACAAGAGCAAUGUAA